CUGGCGGAAGCAGGAAACAGGAAACUUUUCCUCUGCAUUCUCUGCCUUCUGGUAGCCAGCUCUGCGGGUGCAGGUCUCAGGGAGCCUGGAUUCAGAGGGAAUGGCCCCUGGGAGCAGCCGAAGCCCAGCCCAGGAGACAGUGACCUUUAAGGAUGUGGCUGUGGACUUCACCCAGGAGGAGUGGGGCCUCUUGGACCAUCCUCAGAAGGAGCUGUACAAGGAGGUGAUGCUGGAGAAUGCCCAGAACCUGCUAUCCCUUGGGCUUCCAGUUCCCAGGGAAGUCGUGAUCUCCUAUUUUGAGCAAAGGGAAGCACCAUGGCUGCUGGAGCAAGAAGGCCUGAGGAACCUCUGUCCAGGAGAGAUCAGAUUUCAGAUGAAGAAGACUCCUGCACACCUAAGCCUUUGUAUGGAAGAAACUCAGGAGCAAAGAUUCAUAGGUGAUGGUCCCUGUGACUUCACUUGGAGAGAAAUCUGUGCUCUUCAUCAGAGAAUCCACACUAGAGGAAAACCUUAUGAAUGUAAUAAAUGUAGAAAGUCUUUUAGAGACAGGUAUACUCUUGCUCACCAUCAGAGAAUCCACACUGGAGAGAAACCUUAUGAAUGUAAUCAGUGUGGUAAAGCUUUUACAAAGCGGGCCAACCUUAGAGUACAUCAGAGAAGCCACACUGGAGAAAAACCUUAUGAAUGCAAUCAGUGUGGAAAGGCUUUCCGAGACAGCUCCACUUUUGCUGAACAUCAGAGAAUCCACACUGGAGAGAAACCUUAUGAAUGUGAUCAAUGUGGAAAGGCUUUCACAUGGAGGAUUAGUCUUGCUGAACAUGAGAAAACCCACACUGGAGAGAAACCUUAUGAAUGUAAUCAAUGUGGAAAGGCUUUCAGAGGCAGCUCAAGUCUUGCUGAACAUCAGAAAACCCACACUGGAGAGAAACCUUAUGAAUGUAACCAAUGUGGAAAGGCUUUCAGAGGUAGCUCAAAUCUUGCUGCACAUCAGAGAAUCCACACUGGAGAGAAACCUUAUGAAUGUAAUCAGUGUGGAAAGACUUUCAGAGGCAGCUCCACACUAGUUAAACAUCAGAGAAUCCAUACUGGAGAGAAACCUUAUGAAUGUAAUCAUUGUGGAAAGGCCUUCAGACACAACUCCCGGAUUGCUGAACAUCUGAGAAUCCACACUGGAGAAAAACCUUAUGAAUGCAAUCAGUGUGGAAAGGCUUUCAGAGGCAACUCUUCUCUAAUUAAACAUCAGAGAAUCCACACUGGAGAAAAACCUUAUGAAUGUAAUCUGUGUGGAAGGGCUUUCAGAGUCAGCUCCACUCUAGUUAAACAUCAGAGAAUCCACACUGGAGAGAAACCUUAUGAAUGUAAUCUGUGUGGAAAGGCUUUCAGAUCCAGCUACCAUCUUGUUGAACAUCAGAGAAUCCACACUGGAGACAAACCUUAUGAAUGCAAUCAGUGUGGAAAGGCCUUCAGAUGCAGCUCAAGGCUUGUAAAUCAUCAGAGAAUCCACACUGGAGAGAAACCUUAUGAAUGUAAUCAGUGUGGAAAGGCUUUUAGACUGGGCUGCAGUCUGGCUGAACAUCGGAGGAUCCACACUGGGGAGAAGCCAUUUGAAUGUAAUCAGUGUGGUAAACCUUUUACAAGGAAGGCCAACCUUAGAGUACAUCAAAAAAUUCACACAGGAGAAAAACCUUAUGAAUGUAAUCAGUGUGGAAAAGCUUUUGCGCAUAGAUGUAUACUUGCUGAACAUCAAAAAAUCCACACUGGAGAGAAACCUUAUGAAUGUAAUCACUGUGGAAAGCCUUUUAGAACAAGCUCCAGUCUAGUUAAACAUCAGAAAAUGCACACUGGAGAAAAUACAAUCCAUGUGGUAAAGACUUCAGGCAAAAGUCACUCACGUGAUUGAGGAGCCGUGUAAGUGGAUUAUAGAGCUUUGUAGACAGCCGAAAAUUCUGCACAUAAGACAUUUAUGGCUUCACUGUGAAGAAUGCCUUCAGCCAGAAAUUGUCUGUUAUCCUCCCAUCAGAUGAUACUGUAACCGGAUUUUUACUAAGCCAGUCUCUAACCUGAAAAUUCUUGGAACCACACAAAGCAGGCCUAGAAACAGGACUGUCAGUAAUCAAGUUGUUUAAUUAAUCAAUGUCAGAGUGAGGAAUAUUUCCUUAGCUGAAGUAAAAGUAUAGGUUUUAUACUUAAGUCACAACUAGGGAAGGAGAGGGGAAGGUGGAUUUUAGCGGUUUCCCAGGAGAAAGCCACAAGUUCCAGAACACGAGUUCUGGAGUCAUGUCUUUGUGGGUUGUGACCACCUCCCCUAAAGCAGAGAACCAGAGUUCUCUGAGGGGAACAAGUUCUACAAUCUUUGAUUUACUUCACUUUAGGUCCAGUGAUUGUGACCCUUGUCAGAGUUUUGAUUAAUCAUUUGAAGCUGCAUUGUGAGCUCUGAGUGACAAGCCAGAGAACCAGCUCUUGAAAAAAUUGCAUUAUUAGUAUAUUCAUUACACAUAUCAUAUCGAUUAAUAUGAAAAUUGUAAUUUCCUUUCUCAAUACCUUACUAGGACAAAACCUUAUGAAUGUGCUGCAUGGGGACAUGCCUUUCUCUGGACAUGUAGGUCACUGCUGAAGCUUAAAUUUUGUGUCUUUAUAACAGAAUGGUGAAAUAAAAGGAAAUAAGUCAUGCCAUCCCACCAGGUUGCAAAACCAAAAAAGGAAAUAGGCUCAUAAACUAGGACUGAGUGAGGAAGAGGUCUAGAAUAGAAGAAUGGAAUCUCUCCAGAAUUAGGAAAUGAACUCACUUCAGUAUUAUGUCAAUUUGCUGAAAAUAUUUGGUGAAAGGAAGAAAUAAUAGGUGUUUGAUCAAGAGUGUAAAAACUGGGUAAUUUGGGGAAAUUUUGUGGUCUCCUGCAGGCCACCUAUAUGUAUGUAUUUGCCUAUGUUCAGGCUACUGCCUAUGACAAUCAAGAAACUUCUCAUUCACUGUUUUUUGUGACUCCACAGUUGUGACGAUUAGGAAGGCAUUCCCCUGAUGGACUUGAGGGGAGAGCAGAGCCAUUGUGUAAAAAAGCAGCUGAUCCUAGGCAGGUAAGGGGCCCUGCCAUUUCUGUCUCACCAGCCUCCCAUGCUUGCUCCUCCACCAGCCUGGCAGGGGAGAGGCUUCUGUGCUGAUGCUGACACAUAGUCUGGGCCUCUGCACAGUCAAAGGGUCCUCCUGGGACUCCUCUACAGGAGAUGGUUUGUUUCUUGGCAAAUCUAAAUAGACUGCUGUUUCCUGCGGCCAGAUCAGCCAAAGCAAAUAGGGUGAAAAUGAACAUUUUUCUGAAGAACUUGCAACGCCUUCAAGAAGACAGCCUCUCCCUCUGUUUUUCUAACUCUGGUCACGGCCAGUAGGCAGACCAAAGACACUCAAGUGGGCAACAAUUUUUUUUCCUAUCUGCAGAAAUUUAUAAUGUCAUUAAAGAUCAAAUGCAUGACUUUGGUCCGAAGGAGAUGAUAAGGAACAUUUUGCUUGGGCAUUGGGCACAGAGCCAUCUUGUGUUGGAAAUGCUCAGUUUCACGUCAUAGUCCCAGAAUAAAUAGAAGAUGGAAGAAAAGAA